CUCCGGCCGCUGCGGCUGUCAGUUUGGUUUGUGGUUCGGUCCAACAUGGCGGCAGACGGAUGGAAAUACUGAUGACAGUCCGAAAAAUUGCCUCGAUUUGUACGAUGGGCGCCAAUGCCUCUGCUUUGGAGAAAGAGAUUGGACCGGAACAGUUCCCUGUAAAUGAACACUACUUCGGCUUGGUCAACUUCGGCAACACCUGCUACUGCAACUCGGUAUUGCAAGCACUUUACUUCUGUCGACCCUUUCGGGAAAAAGUUCUGGCAUACAAGGUCCAGCCCAGGAAGAAGGAAAGCCUGCUGACCUGCCUGUCUGACCUCUUCAACAGCAUCGCCACACAGAAGAAGAAGGUGGGAGUCAUCCCACCCAAGAAGUUCAUCUCCAGACUGAGGAAGGAGAAUGAGCUGUUUGAUAACUACAUGCAGCAGGAUGCCCAUGAGUUCCUCAACUAUCUGCUAAACACUAUCGCUGAUCUACUGCAAGAGGAGAAGAAGCAGGAGAAGCAGAAUGGCAAACUGCAGAACGGGAGUGUGGAGAGCGAGGAGGGGGACAAACCUGACCUCACCUGGGUCCACGAGAUCUUCCAGGGAACGCUCACCAACGAAACCCGCUGUCUGAACUGUGAAGCGGUCAGUAGCAAAGAUGAGGACUUUCUCGACCUUUCAGUAGACGUGGAACAAAACACUUCAAUAACCCACUGUUUAAGGGGUUUUAGUAACACGGAGACGCUGUGUAGUGAGUGCAAGUAUUACUGUGAGCAGUGCCGCAGCAAGCAGGAAGCACAGAAAAGAAUGAGAGUGAAGAAGCUGCCCAUGAUCCUGGCGCUGCACUUGAAAAGGUUCAAGUACAUGGAUCAGCUGCACCGAUACACCAAACUAUCCUACCGCGUGGUCUUCCCCCUGGAGCUGAGACUCUUCAACACCUCCGGAGACGCCACCAACCCCGACCGCAUGUACGAUCUGGUGGCUGUCGUCGUGCACUGUGGCAGUGGUCCGAAUCGUGGUCAUUAUAUCACAAUUGUGAAGAGCCAUGGGUUCUGGCUGCUGUUUGAUGACGACAUUGUUGAGAAGAUAGAUGCUCAAGCCAUAGAGGAGUUUUAUGGGCUCACGUCUGACAUUUCAAAAAACUCAGAGUCUGGAUAUAUCCUCUUUUAUCAGUCACGGGACUAACACAUAGGAACAGUGUCUGGUCCUCCUGGGGAACUUGGGGAGGCCCACUGAGCCACAGAGCCUGGAGAUAUGGUGUUCUUCAGUGCGUACAGUGAAACCCACUUAAUAGAAUUGCUGUUUAAAAGAAUCAACUGCAUAUUGUAAUCAGAUAUUUACCCCAACACAAAAUUAUCCCAUUUUAUUGAAACGGCUUAAACCACUUACUGUGAUCAAAUUGACUCGGCUUGUGUGUUUCAUCAGUCGUGCGUUGCCCCCCAAAAGAAUACCUCAUUUGUUUGAAUUUGGCAAACCACAAAAUAGUGUGCUGACACAGUGAGGAACUUUAUUCACCAAUAUCAACAUUUCACUGUUAAUACAACCGGUUUCCUCUGCGUAACCUGAAGUGCUGCUGUACACUGAAUGAUUUUUGUUUCUAUGUUUUCUUAUUUCUUCCAAGAAAUGAACAUACCUCAUAAUUGAAUCAGUCAGAGGAUGAAAACUGCUUACUUGAUUAUUUUGUUAUCAAAACAACUGCAAACGUGAUCACAUUAAGAGGCUUUCACUAGUCCCUGUUUCAAGGUUCAAGUUGAAGUUAUUUUGGCUGACGAAACAAUUCCAUUUCCAAAGGUCUCCAAUGUACAGUUUGGAAAGAAAUGACAGUUAACUGGAGUUCCCAGUUUUAUUCGCUUACAGGAAGUCUGUUAUGCUUUACUUCCUCGCUCAUUUGACCCUAACAGUGUUUUCUGGGUCAAAUGAUGUUACACGCUGAAGACAUGUCAGUCAACAGGGGAAGCAGCUCACUAAGUAUGGACAGGGAAGAAGCCAGUGAAGGGGUGGGGAUAAUUUCAUGAUUUCAUGAUUGUGGUGAAAUUCACGCAGGAAGUGCAAGUCUAAAAGCAUGCAUUGAAUUCCUACAUUUCUUUACCCUAGUUUAGUAUCAGAUGUCUGUUCUAAAAUGAAAUUAUGUUUACUGAAGUAUUUGCUUCUUUCAAAACUGCCCAUUUGGGACCGAGAUAAUAAACGAAUAUUCACUGCA